ACACAUUCUCUCUCUUCCUCUGUCUAGCACUCUCUCUCUAACUCGUUGCACAUUCUCUCUCUUCUCUGUCAAGAGUCCCUUUCUCUCUCUAGCGCCUCUCUCGUUCCACAAAUGGCGACGGUCACUCUAUCUUGUAAUUCAAAGAGAGAAGCAAUGCCUUCUCCUUACGCCGGAAAACCGAGUUCCAGUGACCGGAAAAUGCAUGUCGGUUGCAUGUCAGGCAUCUUCCACUUUCUCCAAAAGCAUGGCCAUGGCCGCAAAAGACUCACCCCAGAUUCAAGAAGUAAAAAACCCAAAAAGAAUUCGACAACACCUCAAAAACCCAAGUCAGAGAGUCCCCAAAAAACAUCUCCCUGCGAAGAAACGAAGCCCCAGAAAUCGCCGGAAAAACUUCAGGCCACCGAAUUACGGCGAUUUUCCUGUGAUAUCCCUCGAAGCCCGACUCUUUCACAAGAUAUAAGAAACAACUGGCGAUCGAACUCGGUGAGCUCGGGCUUCAGGCAAAUGGGGUCCCCUGAAAAGUUACAGAGACCACCUGGUUUAGUAGCUAGACUCAUGGGAUUAGAAGAAUUGCCGUCCCCUCGUUGCCUGAACUUGCCGGAAAAUUUGCCCGAAAAACCACAGGAAAUUUCGCCAGAAAGCGCAGAGAAGAAGAGGCGCAUCAUCCUGGGAGCUUUAGAGAAGUGCGAUGAAGACCUUAGAGCUCUAAGGAAGAUCAUAGAGGCCGUUCAAAUCGCCGAGGAUUUCAAAAUAUCGGCUAUCAAAGUGGAGGAUUUCAAAAGACCGGCACCCCGAACCGAGGAUUUGAAGAACACUGGAUUCGAAGACGAGGAAAUCAUAAAAUCGCCGCUCAUUAGAGAGCUAAGAACAUGUCAACCGUCCGUUGAGGAGUUCCGAAGAUCUCCACCGUCAAAAGCGGGAGGAAAAGCGGUUCGGGCAAGUAUGGAGAAUCGCGAUCACUUACCCGCUAAUCCGAGGGUCAGAUGUGAGUUUCCGGAAAAGAGAUGCGUGGACUUUAACUCGGAGCAGCCGAGUCCUGUUUCAGUUCUGGAUGGCGGUUUUUUCGGCGACGAUUUUUCGCCAUCGUCGGCAGAAGAGAGACUAAAACCAGAUGUUAAUGACAAGGAUUUUCAAGGGGUACACACCAAGGAAUUCCUCAUUAACAAAUUGAGUUUUGCAUCUUCACCCCCUAUAUCAUGCCACAUAAAUAAUCCAACGGCUGGGAUUCUACGAUUGACUGUGAAAAAACUCGAUUCGAGCAAUUUAAAGCUGCAAUCCCUAGAAACUUGGGAAAAUGAUGUUUGGGAAGAGGGGUGGGAGAAGGGGAGAGUUGGUGCUGUUUUGGAAGGGAAAAUAUUUGGGGAGUUGAUUGAGGAGAUUGUGUGGGAAUUGGGGUUAUGGAAUGCUCCAUUGCGCCCUCCUCCUAAUUGUAGGAAGAGGAUUUGCUUCUAACCAUUGUAUUGAUUACUUUGUGGGAUUUAAAAUCAUGCUUUUGAGAUAGUUUUUUAUUUUUAACAAAAUAAAAUAUUCGAAAUUAUUGCAUUCAUGCUGAAUGAAAAUGGAUUUGGAGCACUUAAAAUGCUUUAAAUCAUUUUUUAAAAGGGAUUAUGUACCAUGAAACCAUUCAAUUUUACUACAAGGAGGUUACAAUCAUCCUUGGCCAUCACGUGUAAAAUUCAAUUGCUUAAAGUAUGUCAUAUAGUACAAUAAAUUUAAUUUUGGACCUUGUCCCUAGUCAAUAACACACCAAUAACCACUUCAUUUUAUAUCAAGCAAUCAAUGAUUGUGACUUCCUUAUAGGAAAAAUGAAUGGUCUUAUUAUAUACCUUUCCUUUCUAAAAUUUGGAAGAAUGAGGUGGGUCCACACUUUUUUGACUGGACCCUUGCCUUACCAAUUAAUUUCUUUCUUUUUCAUAUAAAGGCAUUAUGAAAUUUGAACUUGAAUUCAAUGAUAGGUAAACAAAAGUCAAAAAAAAAAAAAUGGAAAAAAAGAGAGGAAACUCUAGUGUUUAAAAAUAGGUCGGAAAAAUAGAUCUCACUAGAAGUAGAACAGAGAAGUAUAACAAAUCGAGUCUAGCUAAAAAGUACAAAGGUGUAUCGAUUAUUGUUUUCAAACAUAGCCAUGAUUGUAAAAUAUGAAAGGGGUAUAGAUUGUUGGUUUUGGCCUGUAGUGUAAAAUAUGAAGAGGUAUGGAAUAUGGAUAGUUGGUCUUAAAUACAGGCAUGAAAUGUUGCUAUACUGUGUGUUAAACCGAAUAAGGAAUUGCCGAUUCAGAUCAAAUUCAUUUGUUACCCAAGCCAAUUUGUUUACAAAAUAAGGAGUUGACCCGAUAUUCAUAAAAUCGCUCGCUGGAUUCUGAUAGAGAACUGAGUGAUUUGGUUUGUUAAACUGCAAAU